UUGAAAUCUGAUGGAGGGUCCCAAAACGCUCGCCAGUGCCUAGGUUGCGGCUGGCGCAGUAGUCCCCGGCCUCCCGUAUUGUGCGAUUCACAGCAACCCAGCAGUUUCGUUUCGGGAGUAGAGCGACCUUCCAGGCUACUUUUCUGUUACUAAUCUCUUGGAGGAAAAGAAUAUCCAGUUGAUAGCUUAUUUUUGCAAUGGCUGAUUUCACAUGUGAAAUGUGUGACCGAUUCUAUGUGGACCCCCGUAUGCUGCCAUGUCUCCAUUCCUUCUGUUUCGAGUGUCUGGAGAAGGAACUAGAGACACGAGACUCCCUGAAAACCCUGUGCUGCCCCAGCUGCAAGGAGAAGGUAACUCUCUCUGAGAAUGGAGUGUCUGAUCUCCCUCAAGACAUCUAUAAGGGUAACGAGUCCGAAAUGGCACGCAUUAGCGAGAAGGUAGAAAGUGCAGACGAGUACUGUGAAGCAUGCGGUCGAACUGAUAGCACAGGGAACGCAGUUGCUUAUUGCCAUGAGUGUAAGGAGUACUUGUGUAAGUUUUGUAAAAGCCGUCAUGUCGAAAGGCCCACAACAGCAAAACACAUGCUUUUUAAUGUUGGUCAGCGAACGAUGAAGACAAAUGAACCUAGCCAAUGCAUGCCAAAAAUGUUUUGUCUACUUCAUGACAACUAUCCCCUAGAUCUUUACUGCAAGCAAUGUGAAAAGUUAAUUUGCAAAUAUUGCAUGGAUUUCGAACAUCAUAGUCACCGGGAAAAAUGUAAUGUGCUAGAAAAGUUUAGGGAAGAUGAAAUGGAGAGCCUUCAAGCAAAUCAAGGAGAUGCAAAUAAAGCAGUGGCCUCCCUUACCAAAGCCAUUAGUGAUUGUAAUGAUACACUGGGGAAUGUUCAGAAGAAUAGAAAUGAGGUAGAAGCCUGUAUCGACGUUAGCCUAAAGAAGGUCAAAGAGCACCUUUUCGCACAAAGUGAUACUAUAUGUUCGGCUAAGGUGAAAAGUCUUCAAGCACAAGUGUUACAACUGCAGAGGCUACAAGAGGGUCUUUCCCUUGCAUCCAGGCUGAUAGCUGAAGCUCCAACCCAGACCUCAGCACAACUACUAUCAACCAAGAAUGUUAUCUCAAAAAGGGUUACAAAGCUAUUGGAGGAAUUUAACAAUUCCCAGCUGUUGCCUUCAAGGAGUGCUUUUGUUUCCACACACAUUCAAAGCUACAUCAGCAGGAUGAUUACCUUCGGUUGCAUAUCUGGUGGAUGCUCCCCUUCUGCUAGCACAUGUGAUGCACAAUAUGUACCACUUGCUGUCAUCGGUACAUUACGAAUCAUAAGAGUAGUAGCUAAGGAUAAGGAGGGCAAAUCUUGUGGUUAUAGUGGGGAAAAUGUAAAAGCUAUAUUAGUUGAUUUAAGUCUCCUGGGUCCUGCUACCAGUGGUGAUACCCUUGAUCAUGGCGAUGGCACAUACUCUGUGUCCAUCACUCCACAAUAUAAAGGUGACCAUGAGUUGAAUGUGGCUAUUGCUGACCUACACAUUAAAGGGAGUCCCUUCAAGUUUUAUGUCACCACACCCAGAGAAACUCCCUACAAGUCACUUAAAUUGUCAAGGCCACAUUCCUUUACUACCAACGACUCUCCAUUUGAUGUGGCACUAACAGAAGAAGGCUACCUUGUAGUCUCCGAAUGCAAGAACCAAACAUUAACUCUUUACACUGAAGGUGGUAUGAAAAUACAUUCAUUUGGUAAUGCUAGGAAUCACGGGAAGGAAAACGGACAGCUACAUACUCCAUCUGCUGUAGCAAUCGCAGGUGACAACGUAUAUGUCUGUGAGUUAGGAAAUAACAGAGUUCAGAGGUUUAGCAUCAGUGAAAAGUUGUUUGUUUCAAACUUUGGAAAAGCUGGAGAUGGGGAUGGGGAGUUCAACAACCCAACUGGAAUGUGCGUUGAUCCACAAGGAAUAGUAUUUGUUGCAGAUAGAGACAAUAAUCGCAUCCAGGUAUUUCGUGACAAUGACAAAUUUGCUUACGCUUUCCAAUGUCAGAUGAAACCUUGCGGGCUAACUUUUGACCUUCAGGGACGUCUUCACGUUGCUGCUUGGGGCUCCAACUGCAUCCAAGUGUUUACACCGAAGGGGGUCCUGCUGACUAAUUAUGGUAGUGAGACUCUCAGUGGACCUACAGGCAUUGCUGUCAAUGGAGAGGGCUACAUUGCCAUCAGUGAGAGUGGUGAUAGCAACCGUUUCUUGAUCUUCCAUCCAGACCUCACUCUUUUUCACGUAGUCCCGGGCGAAUUUGGCAAGGGAGGAGGAAUUACCUGCAAUAAAGACGGCUUCUUUUGGGUAGUUGACAGUGGCAACAACUGCCUAGCCAAGUACUAAAAUUGUGACUUGUAUAGUUACCACAAAAACAUGUGCUGCGAGAAUG